AUGUCUUUCGCCGCCGCUCCGCCCGCCGCGGGCAUCGCGCAGCAGGCGCAGGCGCUGUGGGCGAUGCUCGAUGACCUCGCAGAGUCAGACCCCGAGAGGUAUCGCCGCUUCAUUCAGCAGCAAAUGGAGGAGGCGCGCGGCGCCCAAGGUGCUGCAUCAUCCUCUUCUCCCUCAUCUUCAUCUUCUCCACCUCCUUUAUCUUCAUCACCUCCGUCGUCUUCAUCUUCUUCAUCUGCUUCUGCAUCUCCUUCCUCGUUGUCGCAGUCUUCCCCGCCUCCCGAUCCGUUUCGACCUUCUCCGGGCUUCGUGAUUCGAACGCAGCUCAACAUUCUGUCUCCAGUUGGAGGUGCAGACAGCAGGAAGGCGUCUGCUCUCGAGUCAGAGUCUCCUCCGCCGCUGAUUGAGGAGCUUGACGAUUUCGGCGCGAAGCAACCGAGCGCCGCGAAGCCGGCGACUGGAGAAAGAAAGACGCUGGAAGUACUGGAGUACUUUGUGAACGUCUGCUUCUCUCCACUCGUGAAGGCGCCGACGCCGAAGAGCGCGGACGGUGUAUGCACACUCCCGGAGCAGCUCGACGACGCGUUCCUCCCCAUCAGCGUCGGUUUCCGGCGCCUGCUGCCGGUGAAAGACAAGCGCGACACGGCGCUCUCUGCCGACGCGCGACCAGAGCAGGGCGGCCUCGCAAGCGCCGCGGAGAAGCUGCAGGCCGUCCCACUCUUCUUGGAUGAGGAAGAAGACGAUCGCCUGCGAGGGCGGCGCGAGGCGGCGCUUUCGGCCGAGGCCCGCGUCUCUCGCGUGUGCGUCGACGUGUGCGUCCAUCCCCUCGUCGUGCAGCGGUGCAAGGCAGACCUGCGCUUCAAAGCGUUUUUUGCCACGAUCUGCCUCCGGCGGCUGAUGCCUCUGGAGCAGCUCCUCCUCCUGCAGCGGACGCGCGAGAGAGAAGAAUCGGCGAACCAGCCGUGCCGCCCGUCUUCGCUUCUCGAGGGCGCGCUGCCGAGUGAGCGGAGGGCGUGGGGUGCCGCAGGCGAGGAAGAGGCCUCCGCUGCUCCCUCGCGUCUCUCGUCUCUGUUCUGCUUCGUGGAGGACGAGGGCGGCAAGCAGCAGCGCGUCGAAGACGCCUGCGGCUUCUUCGGUCGGAAGGAGAGAGAGGCGAUCGAAGGCAUCGCGGUGAACGCUGCCGCGCGAGGCCAGGACCCCGCGCAGCUGGCAGCCUCCGCCGGCGAGCUCGUCGUCGCCCCGCACUCGCUCAGAUUUCCCAAGCUCCUCUACAAAGGCGGCAAGGAGGCGCAUCUCCACGUGCUGCAGCAAGACUGUGUCGCAGAGCGCCGCCGCGAGGCUGCGCGAGGCGACGGCGGCAGCGGGAAGGGCGCGAAGCGCACGGCGAGCGCUGCCGGAGGAGCGCGGGAGGCGAACGCUGGCGGCCGCGAGGGCGGCGCGCCGACAGCCAAGGGCGCGGGAGAGGGCCCCGGGGGGGAAAGCGGAGGCGGGACAGACGAGCAGCCGCGCGAAAUCAUCAUGCCGUCCGCGGCGGAGGUGGAGCACCUGCGCCAGGACAUGCGCAGGUUGGAGGAAGAGAGGCGGAGGAAGAAGCGCGGGGAGGAAGACGCAGCAGAAGAUCUGAUUGCGGCGGCGCUGCGCGCGAGAGAGGAAGCAGCCAGGGCCUCUUCGCACCGAGAGACCUGCGGCCGCGGCGUGGCUCGCCGCUCAGGUCCGCUCAUUGAGGUACUCGCCGAAGAGGCUUUUCCGCUCGAGCGAGAAGACCUCGCGACUCGAGACGCCGCGCCGCGGCCGGCAGCGGACAGCCGCCGCGGCGAGGCAGCCGCGGAGGAGCCGGAUGGAGGAGACCCCUCCGCUGCCCCGGGCGGAGCAGGCAAAACGCCGCCGUCCCAUCACCUCGGCGACGAGAAGUUCCUGCAGCAGGUGACCACGCGCCGCCUUCUGCGUGAGGCGCGCGCUGCCUCUCCUCCCCCUCCGCCUCCACUGUCUCGCUUUCCUUGCUCGGCGUCACCGCCUUCGCCUGCGGGCGCCAGCGCCUCGGCCUCCGCGCCUCCCGAGGCUCCGCCCUCGCCCUCGCCUCCGUCGCCGUCUCCUGUUGCCGCCUCUGCGGCAGCUUCGGUCUCUGCGCUGCUGGCCUCUUCGCUGGACACCGCGGCGUCCGCCGUCCCCCCGGCGCCGGCUGAAGCGCCGCUGUGGCGGGUGACGCAUCGCGCGCUGGCGGCUGCCCGCGCGGCGGAGCGUGGAGGCGCGUCGCCGAGUGCAGACGCGGAGACCGGAGAGGCACGCCUUCCUGAUGCUCGCGAGAUCUGCAUUGCCUUCGCGCUCCCACUUGAUCCGCAGGCGCUCCAUGUCGAGGGCACCGAGCGCGAACUCGAAGUCUCAGGCGUGAUGCUGACCCCCGGAGAAGAAAAGAAAACGCCCUUCUGCAUUCGAGUUCCGCUGCCAUACGCCAUCGACCCCGACGAGGUUGAGGCGAGGCUAAAGAAGAAGAAGAAUCUCCUCACGCUGCUGUGCCGGCCGACUGGACUAUGA